UCACCCUUUUGCCAAGCCUAUAGCGACAUCAGCAAUUUUCUUUAGCGCACAAAAAUUUGUAUGACGAAAAUAGCUGAAAUAUUUUGCACUCAUACUAGACGAAAAUCGUUUUAUGAUUUUGAUCUAUAAACUCUAAAACUGCAAAACUGUUUUCAGAAUCUCUGUUGUCAUUAAUUUUAUCAUCCAAAAGCCAUCGUCGAUUACAAGGGUUUCGAACUGGUGCCGUUACGAAUUCCUUGCUGUUCAGGAGAUUUCUGUAACGUUUAUAUUAUUGUGUUCAACCGGCGGAUGCUUAUUUCAGCACUCUGGAGAGGAGUAUUUGUUCUUAGUUUACGCUCAUGGAAGUUUCUAGUAGCUAAAAGCAGUCCACUCGCUGUCUGAUGGCGUUAAUCACGAUGCAGCCGUGUCUGGGACCUCUGGGUUGCAGUGCGUCCCAACAGUUCACCAUUUGUAAAGAUCUAUCGAGAUGAAAUCCGCGCUACACUGACAGUGAAAGAUCUACCUGCUAAUCUGCUAAUAACUCUCGACUCCGGUUCUCAGCACGGUUUGUUGUGCAAUAUCAGAGGAAUAGCCCACGAAUUUACGACGGUGGCAUCGAAACCGUGAGCCCACGUUCACAUUUUCCGUCUUGAUGCAUCCCCGCAUUCGCUAUGGAUCACUCAUUCCGGGAAGGUUACGAUCCGUGGGAGAUAGCUCACGAAGGACCGGAGCCCGAGCAGCUACUCGAUGUCGAAACACCGCCAGGCUAUGAUGUGCGACAAUCUUCCUCUACCGAUACUAGCUCAUCAGUUUACGGCUCAGUAAACGACAGAGAUGUAUUCGCACCUUAUCCGGAUGUCGAACAUGACCAAGUCCUUCUCUCUGAGACUGGUUCGACAGACGACCAGUAUAAUCGCGCUCAUUAUGACGGCCAGUCUAUGCAUCCGUGGGAUAUCCCUCUUGAUGGUAUUGGUGGACAUGUUCAAGAUGUCAUUCCUUACGAUGGCCCUCGUUACGAGGUUGACAAUAGCAUCACUGAUGACAGCAUCACCACGGAUCAUGAAUUCUUGGUUCCGGUUGAAUUUGAUGCCGGUGAAAGUGAGAUGGAGAAUGUCUUUUACGAUGGCUCACGCGACAUUGUAAGUCCAUUCAAUGAACAAGAAGUCGAAGCUGAGCAAUUUGAGCCGGUACCAGCAAAUUAUGCAGAUCAUAAUCCUACUCAGCCUGAUCACGGUAUUCCUGUUGAAGAUUACAGCUUGAGCGCUUUUCGCGACAUGGAUCAUGACAUUAAUCUUGAGGACGAUCGAUUUGAAAGCCGACUCUCCGAUAACAGCAUCAUGGUAAUUGAUCCGGCCUUGCACCUGCCAUUCAUUUCCCAACGUCAAAAACUGGCAGAAACCUUCAACCCAAGCAGCCCGCAUUAUCGGUACAAAGACGAACUCAUAGAUAUCGAUGGAAUGAUACAGAUUGGAGGAAAAAUUGCAUUCUGGCUGGAGAAAUUAUCACUGAGGUGGAAGCGGUUUUUCCAUGGAGUGUUUCCGCCCUUGUUCGCUCUGGUCUACAGCCGGCAAGACGAAUAUUCCUUUUACAAAGCCCUUUUAGGAUUUCCACUGGGUGUUGGCUUAGGUCUGCUCUUCUAUUACGCCGUAGUGGACCGUCUUAACCUGCCUGCAUUUCUCCGGUUUAUGAUCGGCGCCAUGACGGUGACGACCUUAGCUCUGGGCUACGCGCGCUCCAUCCGUAUCCGUUGUCUCGCCUGGCUGAUCUUUCCGUGUUUCUGCGGCAAGUCAGGGCGCAGCGUGUUGAUGACCAUGGCUGUGGGAGCGCUGCUUACUGGCCCGGUAUCGAACACGAUGAGUAAUUUCAAGGAGUCCGUGCGGUGUGUGACCUGCAUGACGGAGAUGAUGAUCAACAUAACAUUGACCCGGUUUGAGCUUACUGGGAGGCCCAUUUUUAACAUUGUCAAAGGCUUUGUGGGAGACAAACGAAUGGAUAGUUUGGGACGGAAAAUCCGGAGUGCACUGUCACCUGUCCGAAAAGAAGUGGAAAGCGAAAAGGAAACCCGGGAGGCGGAGAUUCGCGCCCAGCGAUUAGACGCAGAAAUGCGGACGGAUCGCAACGCUUUUCUAACGCAAAUUGAAAAACAAAAUGCUGUUGCCCUGGCCAAAGCGGAUGGUGGAACAAAAUCAAAAGCUUUCAAGAUAGACACUUGCUAUCUCAAGAAACUGGACUACCGGUGCAAUGAUAUAUGGAGUCUGGCCGUGGACACAUGCAAGAAAAGCUUCGCCAACGCCUGGGACAACUGUUUAAAAGCCAUUCCUGUUAUUGGAUACCUUUUAUGCUGGCCAACUAAGCUUGAUUUCUUUUGCUAUAUUGUCAAACUUUUCCCCAGUCCCAUCAAAUGUGACUCAAAUAAAAUCCUUAACCAAGGCUUUGGUGGCGCUUAUGGAGAAGCUGAUGAUGCUGGUAAAGAAUUACAAGAGGGCACGCAUGUGGCUUUAGAAUACAAGAUCAAGCCGAAGGCAGGAAAGGUCGAUGCAGUUAACAUUAAUGACAUGAAACAGGGAUUAAAAAACGAAUUCAGCAAGAAACAGCGGUUUUUUAAUUUCGUCAUAACCAUGUUUCAAAGGAUUUUGGCAUUUAUGUUUAUUGGGAUUUUCAUAACGGCCUUUCAGUAUCAAAACAGGUAUUUAAGUACCAUUCGGUUUGAUAACUGCUAUAUAACGGACUACUUUCGAAAGAUUGAAAGAAGAAGGCGCAGCAAGAAUAAACCAUCGCUUGUUCCGCUGAAAAAGCUGGAAGGUAAAGUGCUAAUUGAAUCCACGAAAUGGAAGCUGCUGCCCGAAGAAAAACAAGAAUUCAGCAAAGGCUCGAUGCGAUUGGCCAUCAACGCCAUAACAUUCUGCGUUAUAUUCCUCUUCGAUCGGCUGAUAUAUGAAAUCCUCUCCAUUGUGGCUCGGCAUUCUUAUAUCGUAUACACGCAAAAAGGUGUCCAUGACAUCAGCCUGGAAAUCCAAGGCGGCGGUGUACUAGCCAAGUUGGUACGGAAAAUUCUGAAGGGUUUCCAUGAACGCACGGAAAUCAACCGCACCUUCGACAAUCUGAAAUGCUUACCGUAUCCUACCCUGACACCACCAUCCGCCUACUGGAAAGUGUUUGGCACGGUAGGAGUGAUAUGGCUGCUAAUCUACCUCGAAGCAUACGGUUUACGACUGCGCAGCUGGAUCUGCUCUUUCUUUUAUCCCAAAAGAGAAAAACAGCGCAUUCUCCAUCUGUACAACGACACGCUUAAAAAGCGAGCGGGAUACGCUCGUAGCAUCCGGCACCAUGUGCGUCGCUUGGCUCGCCAGCGCAAUCUGCAGAUGCAGUAUGAUAUGCUGUCGGCUUUGCGGGAACAGUGUCCUUACUUGUGCUUCUGGUUGAAAUGGCUGCAGUUAGGCAAGAAGCGCUGUACGGCGUGUAAGGAAAAGGAAGACGAUGAUUUCUAUCAUUGUCCGACGCCGGGCUGCAGUUUUGAAUACUGCCAAAGUUGCUGGGAUGAUCUGCUGGGCCAUUGUUAUGGCUGCGUUCCAGAGCGAGAAGACGAGUCCAGCUUAUCGGAAGGAGAAUAUGAAUUAGACAAAGCCGGAAAGGAUAACGAUUAAUCAAUGCGUGAAGUGCACAUGCGCAUAAUUGUAGAAGCGUGGCGCUUCCUUUAUAACGCGGGCAGGCGGGCUGUGCCAAGCUUCAACAAGUGAUGAUAUGCAGUUCACAAAUACAGCGGAUAAAAAAAAACUCAAUGGACGGAUAUAGCAAAUUCCUGUUUCUUAUUAGUCAGUAUUUAUCAAUAUCAUGACGAUACGUUGAGCCUCACAAGCCAGAAAGACGUUGCUGCAUUCGUAAUUGAUGUAGAAUUGGGACUUUGUGAGUAUUAGUGCGGUAUAUAGUACCAUCAGGAUGAAAUGAAAUUGUGCGCGGUACAAAACUGAGUCAAAUCAAAAUCUAAUCUUGACUUAAUACCUGCACGCGCCAUGGAUGAUUGCAUCAUGAAUUAUAUUUGCUUCCAGCAGUUACGACGUUUCCGAGUUUCCCAAAUCAGAUCUAGCUGCCGACCGGAAGCUACUCUGCAGUGUGCAGCAGUUUCAUAGGGAAGCAUGGAGAUCGGAUCGGAUCGAUACCGGCUGGGAACUGCACAAUAA